AUGCCCACCUCCAGUAACUUGGGUCAAGUCUAUCCAAUAACAUCAGCGAACACUGUAGUUCCCACAGGCGAAAUCCCUCUUAUUGCACCACAAGCUAUUGCAAAUCAAAUCCCUUAUAUCGAGAGAGUUCCCCAGGAAGCCGCCGGGCUACCGCAAGUGACGCGAACCGCUAUUUUCUGUACCUCACCAUGGCUAAGCCAGCAGCCGAAUGUACCCAUAUACGCAGUAUCAACUGCCGCAAACCAGUUGCAGGAUACGAUGCCACAGCGACAUGCAGCCAUAAAUUACUAUCACGUUCCUCUUAGCAGUAUCUUUGGGAACCCUGUAACCCCAAGCGUGGCUCUAAGCCCGGCCGUAGUCCCAACCUACCGUUUGAAUCAGCAACACGAACAACAAUAUAUUGUUCCAGCUACGAGGCUAGCUUCAGCGUAUACGGCUGGGCAUGGCUAUGUAUUCCAGCAGCGAAGUCGUCAAGCAGCACAUAAUAACACGAACAAUCAGGCCAUGGCACCUAUCCACUAG